AUGGAAGGAGAAAAUGUUGAAGUUUUGGAGUAUGAUAAAGCAUAUGAGAAGUAUAUGAAUAUAAUUCCAACUUUAGAGAAAAAUAAAGGAUGGAUCACUGAGCACUUAGUUAAAUACCAAGGAAUUUGGCUAACACCAAAGGGUGGUCUCAAAGGAGUCAUAAUGUCUCAACAAUUGUUUAAGUCUAAACCUAAUGACAUUUUUCUAGCCACUUUUCCUAAAUCCGGCACCACUUGGUUCAAGGCUAUCAUUUUCUCUAUUAUAAAUAGAAAACUUUUCUCACCAAAUGAACACCCUUUGCUAAAUUCUAGCCCUCAUGAAUGUGUCCCAUUCUUAGAACUACUUUACUCCAAUAAAGAAAACCUUAACUCGACUCUUGAACAUCUUCAAUCUCCUCGUAUCUUUGCAACUCAUUCUCCAUACCCUUUGUUUUCUCAACUCCUAGGAAGUAAUCUUACUACUUCUCCUACAGUUAAAAUCGUGUACGUUGCUCGAAACCCUAAAGACGUACUUAUUUCAACAUGGGAAUUCACGAAAAAGUUAAGGCACGAAGCUAAUUUGCCCCUGAUUUCACUACAAGAAGCCUAUGAUAUGUUUUGUCAAGGAUUGAUCCAUUUUGGAUCAUAUUGGGACCAUGUUUUGGGAUACUAUAAAGCAAGCUUGAUGUACCCCAAAAAUGUAUUAUUUCUAAGUUAUGAAACCAUGAAGGAUGAUCCAUCAUUUUGGGUAAGAAAAUUGGCUGAUUUCCUAGAUCAAGGUUUUACAAAAGAGGAAGAGGGUGAAGGAUUAGUGAAAAAAAUACUUGAUUUAUGUAGUUUUGAGAGUUUGAGCAAAGUAGGGGCCAAUAAGAGUGGAAUUCAGAGAUUCACUAGUCAUGUUAUGGUACCAAGUAGCUAUUUUUUCAGGAAAGGAGUGGUAGGCGAUUGGAGAAAGUACUUAACAAUGGAGAUGGCUCAACAUUUAGAUGAGAUUACCAAAUGCAAGUUUGAAAGUUCAGGAUUGAGUUGUUUUAGAUCAUCUUAA